UCUUGUCUCUUGUUGUUGUAGUUUGCGUGUCAGGGUAUUUGUCUGGACUGGUCACCCUCUACCUCACCCCUCCUCUUCCCUUCUCUUGUCUCUGUACAUUUUGUCAGUGCCUGUGCCCUCCAUCUCUUCCACUUGAGUGCUCCCCAGUUUGGGAGUCUCUUUCUCUUCGCAGAGGGAAGAGAAGGGCUGGAAACCACAUACACAAAGACACACCACAGAUCGGAAGGCUCUUCAUAAAAACAUGGAAUCCUCCUUAAUUCUGUAGUUUGAAAGGCGUUUUGGAGCCAUUUUUACUGUGUGUGCAAAACAACCACCUAAUAUUCAUCUUGGAUUCAGGUUUUUCAGCUCAGCUAACACAUUUUUUAUUCAUUGGAAUUAAUUACAAGGGAAUUUUCAGUUGUCCAUUUAAUGCUGUUACUGAGUGGUCAUUCAACACAGAAUUUUUAUAUAUGUUGUUUAGGAGUGCUUUUGGUUGUUUUAAGGGCCUAAUAUUGAUACUGCCAUGUCUGUUUGACUUGUCUUUGUUUUACCAUCAACACUGACCCUUGUGUAUAUGUGACAGGUGUGUAGCUUCAACCUAAUGACAAAGUCAAGGAAAGACAUGCAGGUCAUAGGAGCUGGUGAACAGAACGUUUCAAGAGGCUUGGAAUAAACGAACAGGAGGCAGGAAAAUGACCUAAUUAGCAAGAACCGUGGCGAACAACCUGGAGCAAAUGUGUUGGUGGUAAUUUCCCCAGUUUCACCCACAAGGCACACACAUGCAUCAGCGCACAUACACGUACAACACAUUUGCAAACCCUGCCCUUCCCUUCCUGCCAUCCACCCCAGUCCUCCAUGGAUUCCUGCAGCUUCCACUUUGAGAGAAUGAGCAACGUAGAUCUGCAUCCUCUGAGCCUCCCUAUCAGCCGGCUCUCCCCAGCCAAGUCCAGCAGUAGCAUUGUUGACCAACUUGCCCACCAUCAACACGGCAAAGGAGACUCUGCCUACAGCUCCUUCUCUGGUGGGUCCACUGCCCCAGACUACCCCUCUCCCUUUCUCUCAGACGAUUUACAGUCCAGCUCCUUCAGCCACUAUGCUGAUCUUAGGUUUGUAAAAUCCAUUUACCAUCCAACCCACGUUCUACAGUCCGACUCUAAAACCAUGGACCAGCUCUGUCGAUCUAUGGAAGCUAUCUCCCAGCAUUAUCACAACAAUACCAGCACCAAUAUAAACCACCACAACCUCAAAGACAAUGAUGGUGUCCAUACCAACAACAAAACAGUCUCUAAACAAGAGGUGUCUUUGGGGGUUCCAUCCCAAAGUGCUCCUGCCCAUCCUCCUCCAGUCCCAGCACGCCUGGAUAGUUUCAUAGCCACAAAAAACUUAGAGAACAGCAGGGUCCACCAGCACAGUCCUGAGUUUAAACCGCAGCAGCCUAGACCCUACAAUCGACCCCAUCCCCCACCUUAUGGUUUGAAUACCUCAAGACCUGAGGCUAACCCAGAUUCAGGUAACUCAAGCUUCAAUUCUGACCCAGUGUAUCCAGUUUGGAGGGGCUCUCAACAGCGCCAACCACAGCCCCAGCAACCACCAAGCUACCGCCCCCCCCUCCAGCCUCGUGAUCAGACUAGGUUGCCACUGAACCCAGAAUACCUUUUCAUCACGGAUAACAAAGCUGCCUCCGAGCAGCAUAAGUCAACAAACAUUCUAAGCCGAUCGCCUCCCAGAGGCACAAGCCAGCCUGAGGGCCUGAAACCCAGACAGCCCUCAACUAGUGCAGGAUGUAAUGGAGACCAUCACAACAAGUUCAGUGGUAGCAGUAGUCAUUUUCAGAGACAGCGCAAAAGGGCGCACUCAGCUUAUGACUGGCUUGAGCCAGAUCCAACCCAAGAUACCAGCCCCUGGAAUGCUGGUCAAAAUUUUAUCAACAGCAGCAUACAGCAUAAGGGUCAGUUCUACUUUGUCACAGGAGUAUGUACACUGUCUGAUUCUAGUAUGAGGACACACUCUGCAUCUGUGUGUGGGUCUGAGGCCAGGAGUGACAGCUCCACUGUGCUGGAAAAGUACCAGCUGAGAGAAAAAGACAGAUCCCACAGUACAAUGGAUAAUUUGUUUAGACCCCUCGAAGAGAGUUCUCGCACCUCCAGUGGUACGAUACCAGAUGAGAUAGAGGUUUUCACUUCUGUGUCGCAGAGCAAGAACCUGUCUUCCAGGAGUCAGGAUCAGGAGAAUCACACACCAUCAUUCAUCUCAAUGCAGUCCUCUCGAAGCUAUGAUGCCUUAGAAGAAAUAGACAUGAUGCAGAAUCGAGAGAUUGGCCGUCACACUGCCAGUAACCCUAUAUUCUACUGUGGUCCUGACAGAAACUGCUCCCCACAUUCAGCCAUGCAAACAAAGGGGGUUGCUACGAUGAUAAGCAAUGAACAGCCCAGCCAGUACAAGAGAGAAGAGCAGGCAAAGAAAGGAAAACACCAUCCCUUGGGGGAUGUAGCUAGUGAGCGGAUAAACAAAGAAACCACUCCACUUCUGUACCAUCUCACCGGAGCCAGCAGGGCAUCGUUACAGCCUAAUAAGGAUGCUGGUUUCAGUAUAAAAGGCAAGGAUGCAGUCCUAAACAAAACAAGUCAUGGGGAUACGGUGAACGAUAAUGAGAGCCCUCCACAUGGUGACGUGAGCAGAGAGGAGGUUAUCUCUGUUGCUUGUAACACUUUGGAUGACUCAUUUACAAAGUAUUACAAAGAAAAGCUGAAGGAUGCCCAGUCAAAAGUCCUGAGGGAGACAUCAUUUAAAAGGAGGGACCUGCAGCUGUCAUGGCCACACCGUAUCAGGCAAAAACCUGAGCUGAGGCCUACAGUGGUUCACUGUUUCUCCUCAUCACAGGACUCUGAGACUUCCACAGACACACUCACUCCUUCUGUGACCUCUGAGGAGACAGAGAGGGGGAGCAUAAAGGAAGCAAUCAGGGAGAAUCAGAAGAAGAUGGACAACGGGACUGAAAAGGAAGACGGGAGACCAGCAAAUGUGGCCCAGCCCCAGGUGGCACGCAUCGGAGGCAGGAGGCGACUAACUCCAGAGCAGAAAAAGAUGUGCUACUCUGAACCAGAGAAACUCAACCAGCUUGGUGGUGCCCCCAACCACUCUGCUUGCCGCUCCUUUGGCAAUGAAAGUGAUAACCUGAUUGCAGUUGAAUGUGAAGGAGAGGAACCUGAACAGCAAGGAGAGCAGGGACUGGUUGCAGCACGGAGGAAGAUGUUUGAGACAAGAGGUCGAGCCCUUUCAGCUCCUAGUUCCUCAAAGACAAACCUAAAACAUCUGCAACAUAAGGCCCUGGUGGAGUACAUGGAGCGUAAGACAAGUCAGAAAGUGGCUGAACCUCAGCAACCAGCACCUCAGUUACCACCAGUUACCAGACAGAGGUACUCUCUGGGGGAGAAGCCAUUUGACUGGGGUCCCAGGCCCCUAUCAGGAAAUCACGAAGGCAAAAAUAUGAAGAAGAAGCUCUACAGACCCCACUCUGCGGGCCGCAUCCUUGAUUCUGCCACUGGUUCCAUCAGGUAUGCACAGUUCUUCUCAGCGCAGUCUUGUUCAGGCCAAUAUGCUGGUCACUCAAAUCAACCUAGGUGGAGGGAGAGCAAAGGUCCAUCUCAGGGGAAGUCUGCCUCAGUGGAGAAUCUCUUGGACCAGCUAGAAGCACCUAAUUUCUUCAGGAACAGAUCAACAUCCACACCACAUGCAAUUAAUGCACAUGACGAUGAGAAGGAUGCCUUACCAGAUAAUUCUAUGGAAACCUGCAGUCCCCAGAAGGAUGUCACUCAGGUCUCCUUGGAAAAGCCAGGCCCCAAGGGUCCUCAGCAUGUCUCUAUGGCUGCACAGAGGGGUAAGUCUAUGGAAGAGCUUGGAGCAUCAAAAUUACCAAGAACUUCAGCUCUGAGUAAAAGUUCUGAGCACCUGGAUCAACUGUGGAGGCAUUCGACUGAACCUGGAGGACCGGACAAAGACAUUUCAUUCAUUUCCGAAGUUAGAAAAGCCCAGGGGCAGGAGAGAGGGAGGAAGAAACAAUGUGUAUCAGAGCAAGAGGAAAAAGACUCAGAGAUUGUUGGUCAGAAGAACACUCAGGGUCAGACUCAAAACCAAACCCAGAAAAAGUCCUUGAUAAAGCAGAACUCAGAACCAGGGGAAGCUGCGACAGUAGGAACAAGGAGCUCAAGUAGAUCCACCUCCCCGGCCUCCUACUCCUCUUCUCAAGCCAGGGUUCGGUCUGCAUCUCAUGGUGCAGAUAUGUUGAGGUCCAGUAGACCACCCAGUGAAACUCUGUCUAACCCCCCAUCGCCCAGAAGUCUAGAGACCAGUGAGAGGAACAUCAAAUCCACCUUGUCCACUCCCAGCCAGUCAAAUCUUCCUUUUGAAAACAAGUCUUGCUUCAGGACCUCUCCUUCCGUGACUGCAUCAGAGAGAGAGCAGUCAGUGGAUGAACCAAGCAAUGACGCCCUACCACAUGAAGUGUCUCUGAGCUGUGGUGUCACCACAGAUCCAUCGCUGUGGAUGCUCCCCCCAGAGGAACAGAUCCAAGAGGAAGUCCAGAUUUCACUGCUGACAGACAUCGUUUUAGAAGAGAAGUCCACCAGCGUAGCUCCUCAAAUGCAGACAAACGAAACCUGUGUGUCUCCCUGCACCUCCACCUUUGAUGUAGACAUCAGUCAGCAGGUGGAGGAGGAGAAAAAUCCAGAAAUGGGAGAUGAGAGGUCUAGAGAAAACCAAAAGGUAGAGGAGAGGGGAGCACCAGAGGGAGAGACGGAGAGCCUGGAGAGGCCCAGUGGGAGACCUCAGUGGGAGGAGCUUGUAGAAGCAGUGGUCAAGGCCGACCAAUCACUGGCCAGAGUGCUCUACCCACUGGCCAAUCGUAAGACGGCGCUGAUGCUGAUGGAGCAGCUACUAUCAGAGGACACACUGCUGAUGGAGGAGCACUACAAGAAGAAACAGGAGCAGAGAGGAGCAGCAGAAAGUGUUGAAAUAGUGAAAGGGGCUGAACCAUCUCCUUGUGCGUCUGAUCCUGACAGCCUUAAACCUCAGUGUGCAGACCUGCAGAGCAAAACAGACAUUACAGAGAAGAAGCGUCUAUUAGUGUCAUUUAUUGAGGACCACCUGCGCUCACUGGAGGAGAUGCGUGGUGCCCUCCAGGUAGAGAUUCAGGAGAACAUGGCUCUAGGGGAGACGCUGGAGGUGCUGGUCCGUGACUGCUGUCUGCCUGUGGAGCUGGAGAGGUACAGCCUGUUCAUAGGAGACCUGGAGAGGGUGGUCAACCUGCUGUUAUGCCUCUCUGCUCGGUUGGCCAGGGUGCAGAAUGCCCUGAGCACCGUGGACCAGCACACAGAUGUUGAGGAUAAGCAAUCUCUGGACAGUCGCCAUCGUCUGCUGUGCAAACAGAGGGACGACGCCAAAGAUCUGAAGGAUAACCUAGAUCGGAGAGAGAGCCUGGUGUCCAGCUUCCUGUCACGCCAGCUGUCUGCUGAGCAGCUGAGAAACUACCGGCACUUUGUCCAGACCAAGGCCUCGCUGCUCAUCCGGCAGAAGGAUCUGGAGGAGAAACAGAGGCUUGGAGAAGAACAGCUGGAGGCGCUUUUCAACAGCCUGAAUCUGUGAGGAGAGGAGAGGCAGCAAAAGAGCUGGAUUUCUCCUUCCGUCUUUACUUGCCUUAUAAGAAGAUAUGUAUGAAGUUUUGGCUGUACUUUGCUGCUCAGUUUGCAUGGUGGUCCAGCUGACGUUCCAGCCCUCUGCACCCUCUCAUGACUUUAUGUCCUUUAAAAGCAUCUGACACAGUGACAAGGGAGCCUUCCAUGCUAUUCUGCUCUCCUCCCAUAACUACAGGCUGCAUAUGAGAUGAACGCUGUUGAUGUCUUUCUGUCAUCUACUUUGGAUGCCCAGAAGACUCACCCACUUUCCACUCAGCACCAUGCUCAGUCUGCACAGUCUGCAGUGUGCAUCUGAAGACUGGUCUCCUUAAGCUGUACUGUACAUGAUUCCUUUGACUUUAAGCAAAACUCUUCUGUGUGCCUUGCUAUUGGUGUCGCAGUGGAACAUUUUCCAUUAGUGCUGCUGUGUGGAAACUUUGCACCCCCUGUUAGCGAUUCAGCAAUAGUUCUUUGUGUUUUGUUCAGAUGGUAGUGCUGCAGCCCUCUGUCUGCACCUGUGGAAACCUAUUAUAAGCUUUAAGAUUGUAUUUUGACCAGCGAGAAGGCUUCAAUCAAAGAGAGUAGCCUGAGAGAGGCGGUGUACUGUGUCAUGUCAGUAAAGUGUACAGUAGAUGUAGUAAAUGUAAUUUUUGUUUCAAUAUUUUUAAUGUGUUUCAAAAUAAGGCACUAAAAACCAAAAAAGGUGAAUGAAAAAGCACUUUGUAACCAUAUAUACAUGCACAUUUCAUCAAAUCAGACUUGUUUUCAAAAUCAUUCUAAUGAAAGCCUAAUUCCAUCCAUUGAAAUAAUAUUUCUGUUUCACUUCUCUUUUGUUUUGUCAGUAAUUUUAAACAGGAAUGUUGAAGGUAUGUUUUAUAAAACAUAUAUGAGCACACCCAGCAACAUUAACAACUGUGUACAAACACUUUUCCAGCUAAUUUCAUACUUCAUGCUUUUAAGUCUUGAUGUUUUCAUGCUGGAAUAAAUCUUCAUACAGAGGUGCUAAACCUCUUUAAACCAGAUUAUAAAUUAGCAGCAGUUAUAUCAUUAUGAGUAUUUUCUCAGACACAUGAUACUUGAAAUAGCUUUUUUUUAUAAAGAUAAGUCCAUAGUCUUCACUUCAGGUGUCUUAAAGUUUCUAUGCUCUACCUCCACAGCGUAGCCCCUUUUAAACACAUUUCAUCUUUAUUUAAUUACUUUACUUUUACAUUUGUCUCUAAUGAAAAAGGUCUUCUUGAUAGCCCUAAAUGAAAACACACACACUUGACUCAAAUGGAUUACCCCUUUUUUAAAGACUCUCACAUUUUUCAGCAACACCUGUGAUUCCACAUUAAUAUUUAUCUUUAGUUUUUAUAGUUAUAUUCAUUUCUUUCGAACUUUAUCUUCAUCCAGAUUCAUUGGAGAGCUUUGCAUCAAAUUAUGUCUUAAUUUUGUGUCAGUUGUUGAACAGAAAGACAGAACUCCUCUUUCUGUUUGCAAAUGUUAGUUUCACCAGAUCAUAAAAUGAUCUAAAUUUUAUGUCCCCCUGCAAAUUAUACCUGUUGGCUGUACUGAAAACAAGUGAUCCAGUGUAUGGCCUGGCUGUUGUGCAUGUGAUAUUUAUGUAAUAAUGAACGCAAAGGGGCAGAGCAUCAUUAGCAGCCUCCACACACACACGCACAAAAUCAUGCAUUCACAAACACAAACUAUCAGACAAAUAUCGGAAACUAGGUCCUUUUUUUUUUGACAGCUUCACAACGUCCACCGCCACCCCUAAAACUCUGUCCCUCUCUGUUUGCUAAACAAGUAUGUUUUUGUUUUGGCCUUUGUGCUGGCGCAGGACUCAAAAGACUCGCAUGUUGUUCUCUGCAACCUGUUGGAAUUCCUAAAGUAUGUGAAUGAUCAGCAUUUUGGAGGAAGAGAGAGAGAAAGUGAGGAAAACGCUCCCACAGAGGAGCAGGACAUGGGUAAAUAUUCAUUUUAGUUAUUGUUAUUUGUGCACCCAGACAAACAUUUGACAACUUUCUGAGAUUUGCCUUCUUCCUCUUAUCCAAUCAAAUCAGAGGUCACUGAAAAGAUGCCGGUUUCUGAAGGAUUGUAUUGUUUAGUUGGGGGAUUUUGUUUUAUAUACUAGAGACAUGAGACACUGAAGCAAACAGAAUCUUUUUAAAGCCAAGAAGGAAAGUCAUAUUCCAGUGAGUCCCUGCUUGUGGGAUGACAACAGAGAUGUUUCUAAAUCUGCUAUAACUCAUACCGUUUUUCUGUUGAGAGUUUGUGUUUUUUGUGCCUCUUUGGGGUUGUAAAUUCCACGCUCUUUGUAAUAUUGUGAAUAAAUUAAGUUCUCCUUC